GACUGCCUGGGGGACGACUCCUAGGGCUGGGCGCCCGUGGGCCCUCCCCUGCUGCCACUGAGGCCCACGCAAGCCGGGCCUGAACGGCGCGAGCGGCAUGGGUGGGGAGCUUGAGGGGGCGUUGGGCUCCCACCAAGCGCCAGAUCCUUGCGCGCCUCCAGCGCUCGCCCGCGCGGCUGGUUCCUUUGGGAUGCGGAGGUGCGACGGCUCCUCCGCGCGCGCCCGCCCGCUGCACCCCCAGCCCGCCCGCCGCCCCUCCCGGCCCUCCGCAGCCUCGGCCCGCCCUCGCCGCAGAUAUAAGGCGGCCCAGGCGGUGGCUGCUCCGAGCCCCGACGCCGCCGCCCACCAGUCAGCCGGCGUCCCCAUGGCCCGGUCCGCGACACUGGCGGCCGCCGCCCUGGCGCUGUGCCUGCUGCUGGCGCCGCCUGGCCUCGCGUGGUACAAGCCGGCGGCGGGGCACAGCUCCUACUCAGUGGGCCGCGCCGCGGGGCUGCUGUCCGGCUUCCGCAGGUCCCCGUACGCGCGGCGCUCCCAGCCCUACAGAGGGGCGGAACCCCCGGGCGGGGCCGGCGCCUCCCCGGAGCUGCAACUGCACCCCAGGCUGCGGAGCCUCGCUGUGUGCGUCCAGGACGUCGCCCCAAACCUGCAGAGGUGCGAGCGGCUCCCCGACGGCCGCGGGACCUACCAGUGCAAGGCGGACGUCUUCCUGUCCCUGCGCGCAGCCGACUGCCUCGCCGCCUGAGCCCGGACCUCUCCUGGCACCGCUGGGGGCCCCCCGCCCCCACCGUCCCACUCGGUGACCCCAGGCCCCUCCGGCGCGGGAUGGCGCCCCAGGUCUCCCCUACUCCGCUCACCCCGCAGUUAAUGGCAAACGAAUAAAUAAAUGAGGCGGCCUCGGA